GCUUCAUUGGUGUCACCAUACAGGGCUGCCAGCGGGGCUGUAUUAACGACAGAUGCUCGCGCAUACAGAUCGCGCGCCGGCGAGGCUUUCGAUACGUACAUAAGUGCUUAUAUUGACGCAAUUUAUGUAUCUGACUUAUCAUUGGACCAGCGCCAGCCUAUGCGAUGAAAUCGGCCUUAAAUGAGCUAGAAAGCAGGACGGUGCUCCGUGGGAGCAUGCUCCUUAAAUUUGUCUUUCUUGAAGUAAAGGACUCCAAUAUAUGCGUUUGAAUGCGCUGAAUAUGAAUUUGUUUCAGCAGUUACUUGUUCCCAAACUCGACCCGGGUGACGGAUCUCUGUCGCUGGGGAGUCUUCUUCCAUGUAUAUACCUUCGUGUAACUGAUGGCAUACAUAGUGGCUGUGUGCAGUCGGCGGGGGCCGGGGCACGCCAACCUGCCCAAGAACGUUUAUCCACUAGUUUCCAUACCUUUGGGCAGCCGUGGGCAGCUAGCUAAGCCAGCUCGCCUCGCGGGCGCAGAGGACACGACUGGGGACGCAUGAAAACCUGGUGACGCGACAGUUGUUGGACGAACUAUACUAACCGUCAAGGGCGGUUGGACAAUAGUAGCGUUAACGUUAAACAUUGUAGGGGUUCAUCAAGCGCCCUUCCGGCCAUAUAUAAAUAGGAACACUUCCUGCCUACCCAGUGUCUCCUUGUCACCCUCGUAGCUCAGGACGAUCGCUUGCAUCGCGAAGGUGCAAAGAAAAUGGCUAAACCAACGCACGCGGCUGUCUUGCUGUUGGCCAUCGCAAUUCUUGCAUUAAGCGCGCCGGUCGUCGUCGUCGGCCAGAACUUCUAUCUCGGCAGCUGCACACAGUAUCAAUCUGUCAAGACUUCCUCGCCUAUCCCCAACCUGGUCUUUAUGGGCAACUCGCUCCGCUUCUACGACUGGGAAAGCGUGUCUGGCUCUGCGACAUACUUCUGCAUGACCGGACCGUUGCCCGCCUCCACCGACCUGUCUCUGCAGGCCUACACAUUCCCCAACACGUCUUCGUUUCCUUGCUCGGUCAGCUUGGUGCAGCCGUUCGUCCCGGACUACAACAGCCAGGUUCGCGGUGCGGGCAUGGGCAAGAUCACCUGGAAGUUCCCCUGGACCAGUCAGGCCUGCUACUGCUUCCGGGCGGGAUCCGUGCAGCGCAACAGCGAUUACAACGGAUUCAGCUGGACAUGCAACGACGUGGCACAGUGCUACUGCGAGCCGACGCCCGUCCAGUACUGGGCUCAAGUUGGCUCGGUGCAGGGUGCGUGGAAAAAUCACCGGACUGUCUACGGCUGCAACACCCUCUUUAAGUCCGGCUGCACUCCAAUUACGUCGCAGCAGUACCAGCUGUCGCCCGCGGAAUUCGGUAACCGCAUGAACCAAAUGUGCGUGGGCGCCGGCCCCUGCAUCGAGACCACUGCUUGGGAGCCCUUAGCCAACCAGGACCCCUUCACCGCCAAGUGCUACAUGAAGUUUGUGGGCAAGGCAAGCUCGAACGGCACCAUGGAGAUGCUCAAGAGCACGCUGAAGCAGGCAUUCUCUCGCGACGUCAGCUGUGACGCCAAGUACCGAGACAUCAGCUACGACAUCACCCAGUGCUACUCCCCCUCCAAGCUGACCGCAGUUAUCUACGACGUGAAUGGCAGGGUCAUGGGCGACCUAAGCAUGAUGUACACGUGCUCGUCGGCCUCUAUCCCGUGUGCCACUGUCGUUCGGGCGCUGGGCAGCGCUGCGGGCUCGGUCAUUCCCUAUGCUUCGACCGUCACCGGUCUCUUCGCGCCCAUGAUCUGCACGCCCGUGUAGAUUGUUAGUCAUGUAGCUAGGAUAGAUGGAUGCAUGAUGGGCAUAGACGUUUGCUCGUCUCACGCUCAAUCGUUUGAGUGGCAGUCGUGAGCUGUACGUAUGUGCGUUCUGUAUAUGUGGAGGAUGGAGCGUGUGCUGAGGAGUGCAUGCGUGGAGACCGCCGAGUGCGUGAGCGUGCGCAUGCCCACGUCCACUGCUGCCGAGAGUUCGACUGCAUGCUGAGAAUUGAAAUACUUCAUUGCAAGUGCCAGUGCAGACGAGAGAAUAAAGGACUGAGUACAGUGCAGCAGCAGGGACUGGUAUUGCGCAGUCUGCCGGAGAGGAUAGUAAGGGCAUGAAAGAGACGUGGGGCGAGAACUGCCGUAUGCACGCGGCACGGUGUGCACAGCGCUAGCGGCGGCGGCCAUCCAGUGACGCUUGCUAGCAGCAGCUGGUACUAGCUAUAUGUAUAUCGUCAUGGCAAAAAGAACGCGCUACAUUACAAAUGGUACCGUACGUGUAAAUUUGAUGCGAU